AACUUCACUUUCUCCGUUCCAUCUUCGCAGAGCGCGAUGGUCCCUCCCCUAUACGAAACUCUUUGUGAAAAUCUUGUUGGGACUUUUUUCCUCCCUUUCCCUUAAACGUCAAGUGUAAUUCAUACCAAGGGCUUCGUCUCUGAGCUCUCCCUGUCUUGAAGGUGGAGCAGACAUGAGAAGAAACGGACUAUCAGCCCAUCCAGCAGAAAGCCCUCUGAGAUGAAGUAACUUUUAGACGGUUCUUGUUUAAUAACAAGCAUCUGUUUGCGGAUUGAACAUCUCCAUCAAUCGAAUGAUAGCAGCUCUCUGGAAUACAUUAUCCUUGCAAGUCUGUAUCAGUCCACUCAUCCAGGGGUCUCUCUGCAAUGGGCCCGCUACCCUUAACGCUCCUGCUUUGCAUCUCAGCACUGGCUGUGCUGGUGUCCGCAACAGUGGACAAUCCCACAGGUGAUGAUGACUACACCUGGCCACAGAGGAAAGUACCACUGGUACAAGAAAAACAAACGGUGCACCUGGGAAGUUCUGAGUUUCUGGCCAAGCCGCAGACUGAGAUCCAUGGAAUAUGUGGCAUUGAGUGCCAACGGGGUUUCCCGGAGCCCAGCCUGGACGAUCUAGAGCAGCUACUGUCCUACGAGACCCUGCACGAAAACGGAACCCGCACGCUCACCACCGUCACAAUACAGGAUCUAAACGUGACCGACGACUAUACAGGAGGUUCUGGGUUACGUGCUCGGCGCAGACGAGAAGUCUAUGGCACGGACACAAGGUUUACCAUCGCCGACAAGCAGUACUCUUUGAAGUUUCCAUUCUCUACGUCUGUUAAGAUCUCCACGGGGUGUUCUGGAGUGCUGGUGUCCCCCAGACAUGUCCUGACUGCGGCUCAUUGCAUCCACAACGGUACGGACUACCUGGAUGGAGUUCAGAGACUCAGCGUUGGAGUGCUGAAAGAACGUUCCCGUCGGAAAGGGAAGGGACGGAAAGGAAAAGGACGUAAAGGGAAAGGCCAGAGGAAGCGUAACGAAGAGGAGGAGGAGGAGGAAAUCAAUGCAAACAUAGAGCUUGAAGAGAGGCAGGAACGUAAAAGAAAAGGCAAAGGCAGGAGAAACCGUAGUCGCCGCAGCAUCACCUCUGAGCAGCCCUCAUUCCGAUGGACCAGGGUGAAACAGAUGCAGGUGCCAAAGGGCUGGUUUAAAGGGAUCUCGGAGAACAUUGUGGCCGAUUAUGACUAUGCCAUCCUGGAGCUUAAACGGGCACAGAAGACCAAGUACAUGGAUCUAGGUGUUAUCCCCUCCAUCAAGAAGCUGCCUGCAGGACGUAUCCAUUUCUCUGGAUUCGAUGACGACCGGCCAGACAACUUGGUGUACCGCUUCUGCUCCGUGUCCGAGGAGUCCAACGACCUGCUGUACCAGUAUUGUGACGCCAAGCCUGGCUCCAGCGGCUCGGGGGUCUACAUUCGGCUCAAAGAGCCUGGCAAGAAGAAGUGGAAGCGGAAGAUCAUUGGAGUGUUCUCGGGUCACCAGUGGGUGGAUGUUAAUGGGAUGCAGCAGGAUUACAACGUGGCCGUGCGAAUUACACCCCCUAAGUAUGCACAAAUCUGCCUCUGGGUCCAUGGGGACUCCAGUCAGUGUCGGGGCACCUGAGAGACUCCAUCAGCAGCCCAUCUGACUGCCUCUGUCCCGGCUCUCAGCAACCCUUGUGCCUCCCAUUUGUGCACUACACAAACUGCUGCAUUCAUCAACACUACAGACUAUAACACACCUACCAUUGAACUUUUCCAAGCUAUUUUGAUAUCUUAAUUUAUUUUAUUAGACAAAUUUUUUUAUGAAUCAGUUAGAGCGAAUGUAUUUGUAGAUUCAGUUGUCCUAACGAGAACUAAUUCUGUCCUAAACUGUAGUUUUGAAUUAGAAAAUGUACUUCAGUCAGUGUUGUUUGAUAUGGGAGGCAUUUGUUUUGUCUGGUAAUCUGUCUGGAUACCUUGAAGUAGAAAGCUAGAUGCUAAAACUUUUUUUUUUUUCUGAGAGAAAAGGCUUUUAAAUUUAUUUGUGGAUUUUACUUCCCUUUUUCUUCUUGAAGAACAUUUGAGUAUCAAUGCGCUGGUGUUCUUUUGUUCUUGUUAUCAUUAUUAAAUGUUAUGACUGUGUGCCUUUGAUAACAUAAACUGUAACCUGUCUUCAUGGGCUUCCAUUUAUAAUAGUUCUGCUUUUCGUUUCACAGUGCAGGAACUUAGUUGAAGGUUUUUACCCUUCAGAUUUAGAUGCCCUUGUUGACUUUUGGUGCUAUUUUAAUUUUAAAAUACAAAACAUCAGACUUGUCAGAGUAACAGUCUACUGUAGUACUGUAAGUAUAUAUUUAAUGUAAGACUCUUAUUAUGAGUUUCAUAUGAUUAUGUCUUCUUUAAAAAUACACAGGGUUAUUUAAAUUUAGAUAUGGUUAAUGAUACAUAUCGCUGUAAUUAUGAUAAAUAGAAAGGCAAUAUCGUUUGGAAAUAAAAACUGAAAUUUUUAUAUAAAGUUGAUGUUUUGAAAAAACAGAUUGCAUACAUUUUCAAUUUAUACAACUUUUUCUAAAUGUUUGUUAUUAAGGACCAAUUAAAGUGAGAUUGAUAUGUAUUGGUCUAUGAGGACAAAAUUGUGUGUUCACUUUUUCAAUAAACUUCCAAUUGUUUUCUU